UUGCUGCAGUUCUGUGAGGGCACAUCUGCUCCUCUGGGUGCCUGGUGGGUGCUCUGCUCUGGGGAGGCCGUAUCCUCUCUGACCUGUUGCAGUCUCCCAAUAUAAACCCCCCUUUGUUGGGGCCAGGAUGACUUGACUGAGCCACAUGAUCAGUCAGGUGACAAAAUUGGGCACCAAAGCGGAGGAGAAUGAGCAGCUGGGUGAGGGCAUUAGCUGCUGAUCUUGCCUCUUGACAGGCUGUGUUACUCCUCAGGGAAAAAUGAGUGCCUGGCUCUGUCCUCUGCUGUGGAGCUUAACCAUGGUGUGCUUAACAGGAAGAAAAGGAAAAAAAAAAAAAAGAAAGAAAUAGAGCUUUAUUAGUCUCCAUAGUGAAGAUUUGCAGAGGCUUUAUCUUAAACCCCAAGGAGCAGGAUGCCUGGUGGUAUUGCUUUAGGCCAGACAACCAGAACUGAGGUCCCAGUUGCAUCCACCCCAGCACCUCCCAAUGCAAGCAGCACUGAGAUUCCAGUUGCAUCCACCCCAGCACCUCCCAGUGCAAGCAGCACUGAGAUUCCAGUUGCAUCCACCCCAGCACCUCCCAAUGCAAGCAGCACUGAGGUCCCAGUUGCAUCCACCCCAGCACCUCCCAGUGCAAGCAGCACUGAGAUUCCAGUUGCAUCCACCCCAGCACCUCCCAGUGCAAGCAGCACUGAGAUUCCAGUUGCAUCCACCCCAACAACUCCCAGUGCAACCACUGCUACGGCCUCUUCUCCCCCAGCUGCUCCUGCAACACUCUCAGCUGGACUGACACCAACCUCUGCAAACCCUGUUGCAUCCACAGCAGCUCCAUCUGCUGAUCCAAGCACAAAAACCCCUGCCCAGACUCUGCCCCCCACCACGGGGACCGUCCCCACCUCUGGCAGCAGGGCCACCUCUGAGGUGUCUUCAGCGCUGACGGCCACAUCCAGCAGUGCCCCAGCGUCCCCUCCAGGAGUGACCACAUCGCCAUGGCUCCCGUCGUCAGCUCCGCUCCCCAGCAUCCCCCAGCCCUCCAACUGCAGCAGAGUGAACGUGACAGCCUGUGCCCCCUGCCCCCCAGGGACUGUCCCCACCCAAGGCACCUUGAGCUGCUCGUGCUGCGUGGGGGGCUCGUGCAUUGACCCCAGUGCCUGCAGCCCCUGCCCACCAGGCCACUACCAGCCCCAAAGUGGGCAACCAUCCUGCCUGCCCUGCCCACAGGGGUAUUACACCAGCUUCCCAAGGAGCACUGUGUGUCUUCCCUGCCCGCCAGGACAUUUUGCUAAUGAGUCUGGGGCUGCAGCUUGCAGAGCCUGUGAGCGAGGCUAUUUUAGCUCCAAGCAAAAUGCAGCUUUUUGUCUGCCUUGCCAGCCAGGAUCGUUUUGCAACACCACCAGCUGCUCGGCCUGUCUGUCCUGCCCCGGGGGACAGGAGGCUCCUCAGGAGGCGUCGGAGGGGUGCGAGUCCUGCCCGCCAGGUACAUUCAAAGGCCCCAGUGACAACAGAUGCAAGGCCUGCAGGACAGGAGAGUACCAGCUACAGUGGGGAAAGGAAAGCUGUGAGCUGUGCCCAGAAAACCACUACUGCCCUAGCCCAGAUGUGAAGCCAGUGAAGUGUCCUCCCGACGCCUUCUGCCCCAGGGGCAGCGUGGAGCCCACCUACUGCAUGGAGCUCUUCCUGUACAAGGCAGGGGACUCCUGCCAGCUGACCCCUGCCACCGUCAUCGUCCUGGCCACCUUCUCAGCAGGUGGUGUUUCAGAGUGGAGCUACGAAGGGGCAGCAUGGUGCAGGCACAGAAGAUGCCUUGCACCUUUCUGCAUGCUGAGGAGAGGGGCUGUAGGAGACCCACUGCCUAAAUGCCCGGGCAAAGUUCUGUCCCUGAUCCUGGACACUGAUCCCUGAUCCUGUCCCUGCUGCUGGACACUGCACCCACCAUCCAGGAGAGCAGCACGAGUGGUUUGUACCUGUUUGCUGAGGCACUCCAAGCCCUCUUCUGUGCACCCAGCCCAGUUUAACCAUCUGGUUAAACUCAUGUGAUUUGUAUUUUCCAGAGGUGAUUCCUGUGUGUGGCUGGUUGACUCUUAACUUGUUUGCUCUAUGUCUCCUAUUAUGUUUUUCUCUGGGCAAUGCUUAGCCAGCAUCCCAGGCAGUCAGAAAUGUCCAUCACCUGUACUGGAGCCAGUGUCAAUUGCUCCAUGAAACCAGUACCUGUGGCCUCUUAACCAUCCCACCUUGUUUUUCUUUUCCUCCUGCAGUGACAUUCCCACACAGGUGCUGUGUAAACCCAGCCCAGCCAGCUGUGACCCUUUGUGUCAGUGCUGUGCUUCACCAGCUCUCAAUGGCCAGUAAAAACACUAUCUCCCUCAAAAGAGCCAUGAUUUUAAAUGACUCUGCACAGAGGUGGUAGCAGGUGUUGCUUCUCAUUUAAUCUUGAAGCAGCAGAGAUGGCUGAAGGAACCCAGCUGUGGGGGGUUAAGUGGUUCCUGCCCUCAGCUGCUCAUUCUCCUCUCUCCAGGGAAGGUGUUGAAAGUGUUUAAAAGGAUUUAUAAAAUAAAUCAGUUCUCUGAUCUCUCUCAGCUCUGUCAGGUGAGUAACUGGGUGCAAGAGUGGUACAUCAGCCAUUGUGGGCACACAGGUUGCCCAGAGAAGCUGUGGCUGCCUCAUCCCUGGCAGUUUCAAGGCCAGGUUGGAUGGGGCUGGGAGCAGCCUGGUCUAG